AUGUCUCCUCCUUAUGAUUUGAGCAACACCAGUCUCCGUCUUCUGCCUUUGAGUCCUCCAGUAGCCACUAUGGUCCUUUUUAGUGUUUGGUGGUUGUAUGGUUUCAGUGAUGUGCUCCACUAUAUCCUCAGCUAUUCAGAAUUUAAAGUGGCAAUGAUCAGUAGCUGCUUUAAGAAACUUAAAGUUGAAAGGGACAAACUUGAUAGACUUCCUAUUAAUGUCAAACACCAGAUUCAGGAACACUUAUCUGUGGAAGAAGCGGCAAGAAUGAGUGUUUUGUCUAGACCGUGGAAACAUAUUUGGGUUUCAAUUCCCAAGCUUGUAUUUUCUGCUGACUUUUGCCACAACAAGCCAUUAAUAAUAGACAUCAUUAAUACAAUUCUGUUGCAACAUUGUGGAGCCAUUAAGACAUUCCUCGUCAAUAUCUCAUCUAUACCUUCUUCUCAGCACUCAGUUAUUGAUGAAUGGAUGCUUUUGUUGUCAAGAAACGGUAUCAUGGAUCUCACCCUUGAGAAACUAGACAAGUAUCAUCUGAUUCUCAACAAUGCUCCUUAUAAAUUGCCCUCCUGCCUAUGUUGCAACUUCUUUCUUGUGGUAGUGAAAGUCGUCUUACGUUUAGAUGUUGCAACUUCUUUCUUGUGGAUGCCAGACCUUGUGAUUCUGCAAGUUAAGUUGUGUAGUGGUUUUCCUAACUCGAACAUAUAUGCUCCAAAACUUUCCCAAAUAUCAUUCCUUACCAUUAGAACCAAAACCCUUGAGUUGGGUCAUUACAUGGACUAUCGGAUGCUGACAACAGUUAUACUUGCAUCGUCAAUAACAAAUCAAGAUAAACCGAUAAACAUGACCUAUCUUCUCAAGUGCUCGCCUGAAGUUCGUAAUUUUGGUCUGCACACUUACUACCUCAUGUCUGUUGCUACUGAAGCAGAAAGGCUCCCCACAUACCUCAACAACUUGAGGACUCUCGCGUUAUAUGAGUUUGAUUUUGAUGAUGAAGAUCAUAUAUUUGCUCUUCUAGGAAUGCUUAGAAUUUCUCCCAAUUUGGAUAGCCUCCUUUUUGAGUAA